AUGGUAGAAGUUCAUGAAGGUUGGGAAAAUGUGGGAUGUAUAAAAUAUGACUUGUACAAGGGAAUCUGUAAAAGAUAUUCAACUUGGGAUGAUUGUGACACGUCCACAGCAAUGGGUUUUCUCGAAGCAAAAAAAGGGCCGGACAACAUGUUUUUCUACAAGUAUGAUGUAGAUAAAGUAAAUAGAUUGACAAAUUUAUUCUGGUCUGACGGGACUUCCCAGGUUGAUUACCAAUUAUUUGGUGAUUGUUUGGCUUUCGAUUCUACUUACAAAACCAAUAGGUAUUACAAGGAGGAAGAAUGGGAGGAUAAUUGGAAAGUGACUGUGAAUAAAUAUAGAUUGACAAGAAAUGCAUGGGUGGAAGCACAAUAUGGCAUAAGAAAGCAGUGGGCAGAUACUUUUCUUCGUGGUAUUUAUUUUGGUGGAGCUACUGCUACCGGUAGAUGCGAAUCUAUGAAUUCAUUCUUGAAAAGAGAUUUGCAAAAUAAAAUACCAUUGUGGAUGUUUAUACGACACUUUGAUCAUGAUUUAUCUAUGUUACGUUACAACGAGAUGAAAGAACACUACAAAAAUAAUUUGACUGAACUAGUUUUGAACCAGACAACUAUGUCGUGUGUGGCAGAUGAAAUUUCUUCAAUUUUCACAAGGGAAAUUUUUACAAGGAUAAUAAAGGAGAUACGACGUGGCGAUAAUUAUAUUGUCUUGAAGGAUGAUAAGAUACCAAGUUACACUCUUUGUUUGGUAAAAAAAUAUAUUGGUUCUGGAUUAAAGCGCAAAGUGUCAAUCUCCAACGAUGGGGAUGAUGUGCGAUGUGAUUGCUAUUCUCUUGAGACAAAAGGAAUUCCAUGUAGACAUAUUUUUAUUUCAUUGAAGAAUUUGGAGAGAAGAAGUUUGCCAAUUUGUUUGGUCAAUAGACGUUGGCUAAAAGAUGCUAAACAAGUUCAACUGUUAACUCAAGGUAAUGAAAGAAAGUGUUGUCAUCUUGAAGUUAUUGAAAAUUCUAGGUACGGUGGUGUAACCACACAAACUACUAUCAUGUCGUACCUUGCUACAAGAUCGCGAGAAGCAUUUCAAAAGGCUAUGAAAGUUAUAUCAGAGUUGAAUGCAGAAUUGGAAAAAAUGCCACUAGAUGAACAGUUAAAACAUCCUCAAAAUGAUGAAGUAAUAUUUCCUAAUAAUAUUUUGGACUCUCAGAUUAAAAAAAACAAAAGGCAGACCAACUACAGCAAGUUUGUCGAAAUCAUUCUCUGGAGGUGCAAAGAAGAGAAAGCCAAAAAAAUCACUAUUACAUUGCAAGUAUUGUGGUGA